AUGGAGCCCCUCGCGCCUGAAGCCGCACGCACGUUGUCGUACCAUAGUGUGGAACUGUCUUCACCGCUCUCUGGUGCACACGAGGAAGUCGCGGUGGUCGAGCAGGACGUGACGAGCGAUGACAAGGACGAGGCAGACGAAGACGAGGACUUUUGUUUUAACGCCCCGUCUUUCUACGACUUGACGAACCCGGGGCUCGAGCGGCAUUACGUGAACAACGCGGACGGUUAUUUCUCUUCGCUGACGCCGUCUGGAGCAGCGUCCGUAGCUGACUCGCACGAGAAGGAACAGACAACGAGCAGUCAAUCGACCGAGACGGGCGUGCGAACGUGUGAAUCGUACUUAAGCGAAGCAUACCACCACGUGGAGGUCGAUACCGACGAGCACAUGGAGCAAAUGGCAGAUAAGAUGCUUGAUACGACCAUGGUGGAAAAUGAAUUGGAUGACACGAUCACGGACGUGGACGACGUGCUGAGCCGGAGCCACUUGCUGAUCGAUCGACACGAGAGUUUUGAAGACGUGUUCCGACACUACGCGUCGUCGUCGCAGUCUUCGAUUGCGUCGUCGUGUUUGCUGCAAGAGGCGGACACGUCGACACACAGUUCUAUUGCGCACGGACAGUUUUCGCCGUACAGUUCAUUGUCGUCGGCAGCAGCGACCACAGCGACGCUGAGAGAAGCGAGAACGAGAUGUACAAAUUACGGAUUGCAGACGCUCCCAUCGAGCGCGAGCACGUUGUCAAGCGAUGAGAUGCCGUCAAAGUUGAUGCAGCCAACGCAGUCGUAUCUGAGACGACUGCAAGCGGACCAGAGAAUGAGGGAGCAGAGUAAUUUUGACGCUGUUUCUGUGGAAGAGAAACCGCAUCGUGCUACACGCCCGCGCAGUCCUAAGAUGCACGUGAAAUCGCGGCUUGUGAACCCGAACGACCCUUCGCGAAUGAGUAGUACAAGUCGGGAAUUGCUUAAGAUUCAGGAAGAGCGACUUCAUUUACAGCUGGAAAAACUCAAGAUUCGAGAAUUUCACGAGAAAACAAAAGUACAGCGCCCACCAGCUAAUGUUCAUCUGCGGUCAACGAAGCAGCUUACAGUUCCGCUGACACCGCGUUUUGCCGUGCAAACACGUAUACGACGGUGUCAUAGUGGAAGUGACAGCAUCGGGUCUGGACAAGCUAGGCCUAGCCCGCCUAUUGCUGCAGAAAAGUUGUUGUCCCGUGACUUUGCCUUGUUAUUGCCACUGCAGUCCCGGGAGAAUCGAUCUGCUACAACGGCACCGCAUGCGCCGCAACUUCGAACAGCCGCGCGAGCUGUACUCCGUCCACCGCCAGCCCCGAUUUCGCGUGAAAAGGCGAAGUCAGUCCCGAUUUGCAGCCGCCUCAAAGUGGGUGGUCUCACCCAGCCAAUGACCCCGCAAUUGGAAACAAGUCGGCGAGCAGCGACGCACCGACGACCUGUGGAAGUCAUCGAUCACGAUAGCGAGGAACUGGCCAAGAAGUUUCAAGCUCGACCGUUGAAUCGACACAUUCUCCAACCAAAAGCAUACUUUCGCUACUCUUCCGCAAAACCGGACAGCAAAGUCCAGUUCAAGCAACCAACAGUACCAAAGCUGCUGACUAGCGCACGUUCAGCAAACCGCAUGGCGGCCUCGGACCGAGCUGCUUCUGUUGCUGCGGAAAUGGAACGUCACCGCAAAGAGCGCGAGCAGCGUGUGGCGGCACGCCAAGCAGGGUCGACUGCGCAGCACAAGUCGGUCCCCGUCCGCCGACCUGUAAUUCCCGAAACUCCGCCGUUGAAAAGCAUCCAGCUUCACCGGGAGUACCAAGCGAGUUUUCGUCGCAAAAUCGAGGCGGAAGAGGAAAAAAGAGAGAAGCAGCACGUAUUUAGAGCAAAUCCUAUGCGUGUGACGGCAACGCCUCCAAAGUUCGAGGGCUCAACGGAGCUUGUCACUGAAGUGGAACCGUUUGAACUGCCAGGAGAGCGUUUCUACGACCAAGCCCGCGAGCGCUUAGAGCAAGCACGCCGUGAGGAAGAACAGCAGUGUCUGAAGUCGUCAAGCGCUUUCCGUGCGAAACCUAUGCCGCUAUUCGAGCCUGAUGUCAUCCACGCGAUUCCCAGCACAAGGCCUCUCACUCAGACUGAGUCUCCUAUGUUGGCAACAAAGAGUCGAGCUGUAGAACGAGCUGCUUUUGAAGCCUCUGAGAAAGAGCGUCGCGAGCGAGAGCAAGCGUUUCUGAAGCAGCGAGAGCAGCAGGAGCGUCAGCUGGAGGAAGAAGAAAUUAAACGUUUGCGGCGGGAGGAGAUGAUUUUUCACGCGCUUCCCGUUCCAGACACCAACCAUUCCAGCUGA